GCAACACUCAAUUUAUGAUGAGGCUGUGAUGCACACGAGUGACGCCGAGCUCUUGUAGUCGCAUAACCACAGACUGGCGUGGGAUCGGUCCCUGCUGCGCCUCAUCUGGAAUAACGUCGGGAAAAUCCAGAAUUUUCAUUAGCGGGUGUUUUUUUUUUAAAAGGACGCGAGCAGUGUUGAAAAUAAUCCCAUUUGGGCAAACGUUUCCAUCGGAAGGGGGGUUUUCUGUACUUUGCAGAAGCCAGAGCAGAUUUAUUCCGAUAGAGAAUCACCAAAUAUAGGCUGUAAUAAGGAACCAUGGGAAAGCAGAACAGCAAGCUGACUCCCGAGGUGAUGGAGGAUCUGGUGAAGAACACAGAGUUUAAUGAACACGAGCUGAAGCAGUGGUACAAAGGCUUUCUGAAAGACUGCCCCACUGGCAGGCUGAAUCUGGAUGAGUUCCAGCAGCUUUACGUCAAGUUCUUCCCUUAUGGUGACGCAUCCAAAUUUGCACAACACGCCUUCAGAACCUUUGAUAAAAACGGAGACGGGACCAUUGAUUUCCGAGAGUUUAUCUGCGCUCUGUCCAUCACAUCCCGUGGCAGCUUUGAGCAGAAACUCAACUGGGCCUUCAACAUGUAUGACCUGGAUGGUGACGGAAAAAUCACCAGAGUGGAGAUGCUGGAGAUAAUCGAGGCUAUCUACAAAAUGGUGGGCACUGUGAUCAUGAUGAAGAUGAACGAGGACGGUUUGACACCACAGCAGAGGGUGGACAAGAUCUUCGGCAAAAUGGAUAAGAACAACGACGACCAGAUCUCGUUGGAUGAGUUCAAAGAGGCGGCGAAGAGCGACCCGUCCAUCGUGCUCCUGCUGCAGUGUGACAUGCAGAAGUGAGCCCUCCACCACCACCACCACCACCACCACCACCAACCCCCCACCCUGCUCGCUCCUCUCCCCCCUGUAAUUCACACACUCUGGACAGCAGCACAUGUUUUAAUGUCUCAUUAGAUUCUCUGCCAUUUCCACAGGGGAAAAAAAACAAAACAAUGCUUGGACAAUUUUUCAAUGGACUCGCUUCUUGUGGUUGUAUGCAUGAGAAUGUAAAAUGCUGAAUAAUUUUGAACAUAGCUAUACAAUAGUCUAUAAGAUAUCAUACAUUUCUAUUUAAAAACCUGCCAAUGUGAUUUGUGCACAGUAACCCUAUACAUUCUCAUUCAACCUUAGCUUGUACAUCAGUGGAGCACUGCAUUCAAUUAUGUUCCCGCAGUAUUUAAGAUCCCAGUGUUCACUGCUGCUACUACUGUACGCUUUACAUAAUAGUAACAAAACAAUAAUUCCUAUGAUAAUUGUAACUGUCUCUACUAUCCAGACUUGUUGAGCUCUUGGAGAAUAGAGAGGCUCCUGUCUGUUCCAGAUGGUUUCACACGAUGGAACCAAGAAGAGUAGGUUCUUUGCAUGCAUAUAUUAUGUGUCAAAAAAAUAUUUAAUCUCUUACCUUUUGCAUCUUCAGGUGGUUAUAAAAGAGAAACCCUAUUGAAUUCAUUUUGUAUUGUUGCAUGGGAUGUACAGUAUGUGACUCAUUUGACCAUAAUUUCACCUCCAGUAAUGUGGGAGCAUGCUUCCCUCCAUUUGAUACACGUGUAUGUGUGACACUUGAGAUUUUGAAGGAGAUUUGGAUUGCAGUUGUGGGCUUAUCUCAGAGAAAGAGCUUUCACAUAAAUAUUGUUGUGUUUUGCUUCAGUAACUUCUGGGAUGAGCAGAACUAUAUUGUUGGAGCAGCUUUCCUUUAUGAUUUUAAUGUACUGGUGCCACUUAAAGGAAAGGCCAAAAUUACGGUUGUCAGUAAGCACAGUGCUCAUGCAUUAUUCCCCCACAAUGAUCCAAAAUUGGCUUGGUUUUUUUUUUAAGCUGCUUAUUUGACUUAGACUUAAAUAACUGAACUCAGUACAUAUCAAAAUGUUUACAGAAAAAGAACACUGC